AUGAAGUCCCUCGCCCUCGCCGCGGCCCUUGCCGGCCAGUUGGCUUCUGUUUCUGCCUCACCAACUGUGGGCAGCAAAGUUGUCGGCAAGCGAAAUCCCCUUGGGAUAAGCCUUCCUCCCCUGAUUCCCUCUAUUCCUGGAGUCACGGAGCCACUCGCGUCAAACGCUCCGCCCUUGCCAAUCCUCCAGAUCCCGACCCCUCCUGUGGACAGCCCCCCGUUUGAGGUCAAUACCAAGAUCAAGCCCAAGAAGAUCGGCUACUUCUGGACUGGCGCUGGCGACAAUGUCCACAAAGACUUUCUUGUCACAACCAGCCUUGACGAUGACACUUUCGGCACAAUCAUCGGAAUUUCUGAUGUCCCUACCAGUGGCAACUCGCCACAUCAUCUGGGGCCCUCGCUAGAUGGCAAGACCCUUGUCGGUGGCGGCCUUCUGUCACUGCUCAAAACCCAGGACACAGCCUUCUACUGGGACACGAGCGACCCAUACAGCCCGAAAUUCACCCACAGCAACCGCGCACUACUUAGCUCCAUUACGGAUGAAAUUCGUGCCAAGCCUGAGGGUGGCUUCUUCAUCACCUACAUGGGCAGUGCCCUGGGAACGUCCCCUGGUCGCUUGGUCGAGACCGAUGCCAAGGGCAACAUCAUCCACGAGUGGCCGGAAGAUGUUGAAGGAACUCUUAACAUUCUUGGAGAGCAGUUCAGCCCUCACGGCCUGAGCAUCGACUUUGAGAGGGAUGUUAUUCUGACAUCUGAUUUCGUCGUUCCUCUCUCCAUCCUCAAACCUGUCUCCGCCCUCGGCAUCCAGAAGGCCAACACCCUGCGCCUCUGGAGAUUGUCUGAUCGCAAGAUCCUGUCCACCAUUACCAUUCCCCACGGUGGCGGUAUUCAGGAUGUGAAGUUUAUUCCAGGCAACAAGGAGACUGCUGCUCUUGCUACUGCCGUCGAGACUGGCGAGGUCUGGGUCAUCUACCCGUUCCGCAAGGAUGCCAACGGCAAGCAGGGUGUGGCGGAGCUUCUUUACGACCUCGGCGACAAGGCCAAGAAGUCCGUUGCCAUCUACUCCGACAUUUCUGAUGACGGCAAGUGGGCGUACUUCACCCUGACCCUUGGCAACCACGUUGCAGCUCUGGACAUCUCCGACCUCAAGAACCCAAAGCGCCUGGACAAUCCGAACCAGGAUCAGCCCAUCAUCGGACCCCACUACGUCAAGAUCUCUCCCGACAAGAAGAAUCUGCUCGUGACGGGAUACUUUGUGCAGGCUGGCGAUAUCUCCGUCCUGAACACUCCGGGUGACUACAAGGGCCACUGGAUCGACAUCCUGCCUGAUGGGUCACUCAGCUUCAACCGCACCAUCGACUUCGAGGAUAUUUUCACCAAGACCCGUGGUGGUGCCCGUCCCCACAGCGUCGUCAUAUUCGACCUUACUGACCCCAAGAAUCCCAAGUACUACUGA